AUGACUCUUGAGAUAAAGGGAGUAGCCGCCACUCCUAGAGGUCAUACCCAGUCUUCAUCAAAAUCUCAUCUUGCCAAGGGCUGGCGAUCACAGUCACAGGCUGCUGAAAUUCGACCACCUGAAGUCCCUUGCCUUGACCUUGGAAAACUUGGGGAUUCAGAUGAUGAGGACGCAUACAUGCCAUUAGAUAAAGGCUACCCAAGGUUUGGUCCUCCAGAUUCAUCUUCCACUGUUAGUUGGGGUACACCACUUAAUACACCAUAUGCUCAACAUUACCAACAACAACAGCUUUCUCAUACACAGCUGAGAACAGUCCCUGAGAACUUGCCAUCACCAUCAGACAGAUUCCGCAUGAAGUACCAGCAGUAUGAAGAGGAGAUGAAGAACAACUAUAAACAGUACACUCUGAGGGGAAAGGCCAAAGAUGCACAGCAUUUUGCAAAACAGGAGGAAGGACCGUCUGAGGAACCAGGUUUUUGUGCCAUAACACCGUUGGAUGAUAAAGUUUACCUUCAGCAAUGCGACACCAGCAAACCGUAUUCUGCACAGCAUAGCCUCAGGAAACUGGAAGCUGAGGAUAUGGCUGCAGAGAGAAGAAAGCAAGCUGUUGUAGAGCAAGUUAUGAUAGACCAGCUAUCUAGGGCUGUUAUCAGUGACCCAGAGCAAAAUGCAAGUCCAUCCAUUCUGAAUAAUCCUCAGCGAGAUGUAACAUCUGCCCCACUCCGCUUCAAGAAGAGAACCUUACAUGAGACCAAGAUAAAAACAAGGUCGACCUUAACGGAAAACAUGCUUUCACACAGGCUAUGCUUUGAUGCAAGAAUUCUAUGCAGAAAUGGGCGUGAUGCCUGUAGGGAACUUAUUGGGUUCUUUUUCGCCCAUGAUAAAUCUAUUACCAUUUAUGAAUAUCACCAGUUUGGAAGGAAUAGGACACAAGCUUUACCUUUUAUCCAGAAAGGAAUUUAUUCUCAUAAAUGUGGACGAAGAAAGGGAAAACCAUAUGAGCUUGAUGAUUUUUAUUCUGGAGCAAACCUCACUUUUCUCACAGUGCAUCAUCAAAGUCUUUCGGAAAGCUUGAAGAAAAAUCCUAUACUUACCAUACGAAUCACAGCCAUUGAUGAUGCAAUGAAAUCCCUGAGGGUCAAUCUCAAAGAAAAUAGGUGUGAACCUGUUGUUCACUGGCAGGAUGACGAUAACAUUAUUUUAGCAGUACAAGACGCGAUGAAAGAAAAGUUGAAGAACAGAAGUGUUCGAACUCUUACAGGUUUGGGGAAACUCUUCCGACAACUUGACAAAAAUGGAAGUGGAUGCUUAGGGAAAACAGAAUACAAGCAGGCUCUAAAAACCUAUCACUUGGAUAUGUCUGAGAAAAUGUUUGAAACCAUAUGGGAUAUUCUAGAUGAAAACAAUGAGGGAAGAGUGGACUAUUCUGUAUUUCUCCGUGCUCUUGUGGGAGAAAUGAAUGAGUACAGGAAAUCAUUGGUUCGAAAGGCAUUUAUGAAACUGGACCCAAAUAAAACUGGUGCAGUGUCUAUGGUAGAUGUGAGAAAGUUUUACUGUGCAAAGAAGCAUCCCCAAGUAUUCGCAGGUACUGCAUCAGAGGAAGAAAUCAAAUCUGCAUUUUUGGAAACACUGGAGAGUGCUUGUACUAAUCCCCAGGAAGUAUCCUACAGUGAAUUUGAAGAUUAUUACGAAGGACUGAGUAUUGGCAUCUUGAGUGAUGAAGACUUCAUUAAUAUUUUAAGGAAUUCCUGGGGCAUAUAGGGAACUGCACACUGUACUAGUGACACUGUAUCAAGACUUGUCCACAUUAAAGCUUAAGCACAAGCUUUAACUUUAAUUCUUACGAUUAGAAUCACUGAAGUGUGAAUACAUAGUUUGAUAAAAGGCCUGCAUUCCUUUAAAGAUUGACCUGUGGUAUUUGUACA